AAAGAACAGAAGUUCAAAAAUACACAUUGCCCACUCACAUCUAUGUCUGUUAAUCUAAUCAAAAAUUUCGUAGUGCAACAAAAAAAAAAAUCAGUCUCAUAUUUACAGCCUCAGUAUUAGCAUAGACAUGAAAUCGUUUAGACGACCAAGUGAUCUUGAAUUCCCAAUAAUUUAUCAUAAAUUCAAGGCAAAGGACCUAGACAGUGAUGAGAUUAUUGAUUAUCAAAUUCAAGAUUUACUUGAAGAAGACUAUGAGAAGGCAGUGGAGCUGAUGACAACUGAUUAUUCACCAGAAGAAAGUUUCAGUCGAUGCAGAGGAAUUCCUGACGAUCCAGACGCAAUGGCAGAAGUGCAAAAAAUUUGGCAUUUAUGCCUGCAAACUAAAAUAUCUGUUGGAUGCUAUAAAAGUGAUGGAAGUGGGGAACUGAUUGGAACCAAUAUUCUGCUUGUCUAUGACAAAAAUGACGAGCCAGUGGAUGUAAACAUGAUCAAAACUCAGCAUUUCCGCGAUCUUUUAACGCUGCUCAAAUUUAUUGAAGGCAAUUAUGAUGUCUACGAAAAAUAUGGCACAGAUAAAUAUUUAUCAGAUUUCGGACUAGUCACAAAGAAAAGCUACCGACAUCGUGGAAUCGGAACCGAAUUCUUGAAAGCUCGAAUUCCAAUCCUUAAAGCUUUAAAGGUUGACGUUACUUCAACAGUAUUCACAGUCAUCGGAUCCCAAAAAGCAGCAGUUAAGGCAAAUUAUGAGGAAGUUGUCGCUGUAAAAUGGACAGACAUAGCAGCUGACUUUCCACAAUUUGAUUUUACGAAAGCUGAUAGCGAAUAUUGCAAAAUACUUGAUAUGAAUUCAUUUCAAGCAUCAAACGAGUUCACACACAAAAUGACAACGUUCACGCGACCAAAUGCUCUUCCAUUUCCAACAAUUUAUCAUAAAUUUCAAGCAAAAGAUAAAGACAGCGAUGAACUUGUUGAGUACAGAGUUCAAGAUUUGUUGGAAGAAGAUUACGAAAAUGGAAUUGACAUGAUGAUUUCAGAGUACUGUCCAGAAGAAAGUUUUAAUAAAUGCCGUGGUGUUGCCAAUAAUGUGGAGGCAGUCAAAGAGAAAAGGAAUAUUUGGCGUAAGCAUAUCAAUAAGAGACUAUCUGUUGGAUGUUACAAAAGUGAUGAGCUUGUCGGUGUUUGCAUUUUCAGUGUUCAUGUAAAAAAUGCAAGUGAAAGUCCGUUUAUGUUCAAAACUGCCCACAAUCGCGAUGUCUCAUCCAUCGUAGACUACAUCAAAGACCAAUAUGACGUAUACUCUAACUUUGAUACAGACAAAUACUUAACAGACUAUGGCAUGAUGACUAAAAAGACAUAUCGUCAUAGAGGAAUUGCCGUAGAACUUCUUAAAACUCGAACAGAAAUUCUUAAAUCUUUGGAUGUUGACGUUACAUCGACAAUUUUUACAGUCAUUGGAUCUCAAAAAGCUGCAGUUAAGGCAAAUUAUGAAGAAGUUUAUGCUGUCAAAUGGACUGACAUAGCUCAACAUUUUCCAGAUUUUGAUUUUUCGAAGGCUGAUUGUGAAUAUUGUAAAAUUUUUAUAAUGAAAGUUGGUAAGAAAUAAAUAAUUUGAAGAGCG